AGCGGGAUCGCAUGAAAAGAUCACGUGAUGGCUAUACUAAGACCACGUGACUGUGGAUGAACACGCAGUAAAAAACACCCAGACACCACCACACCGUAUCCUUCCGAAAAGUUUCAAAGCCCUUUUACUAAUCAACACUUCCUCCUAUUCACUCCUACACUCUCCAACUCCCCCAACUCACCAGAGACAACAACACAACAACCACACCCCAAAGGGAACACACCACGUCCACACACCACAUCUACACACCACACAGCAACACGCCGCCAAUGCCAGAACAGACCACACAGCAACAAUCCAAACCAAAGCCAUGCUGCGUUUGUAAGCCGGAGAAAGAGGCCAGAGACCAGUGUCUCCUCAUCAACGGACAAGACUCGGGCAAAUGCGACGACCUCAUUGGACAGUACAAGACCUGUAUGAAGGGCUUCGGCUUCGACAUCUAACACCCUCUCCAGAACCCAUGGAAACUUGCCGAGCACCACCAUCACCACCACCACC